CGUGACAAGUCAUCUGACGAAUGAUGAACAAAGCCGGAAAUGGAGCUAGAAAGCAAUCAGUAACACAUUUUAAUCACUCAAACGUCAGCCAUGCACCGUUUGUGUAACGGAAUACAUCAUGUAUUAAGGCUGUGGAUGAUCUGUGUGUCCCUUUUCAUAAACCAUGGAUUCGCCGGUAAAAUGAAGAUAGUCGAGGAGCCAAACACAUUUGGGUUGAACAAUCCUUUUCUGGCUCAGGGAAGCAGACUACAGCCUAAAGUGAUUCCAUUUCCAGUGUCUGGCCCUGCACAUCUUCAUCAGCUUGCUGGAAAGUGCUUCAGUUUCACAGAGUCAAUGUAUAAAUAUGAAUUCUGUCCAUUUCACAACAUCACCCAACAUGAGCAGUCAUUUAGAUGGAAUGCCUACAGUGGGAUACUGGGGAUCUGGCAGGAGUGGGAAAUAGUAAACAACACUUUCACGGGCAUGUGGAUGAGAGAUGGGGAUGCUUGUGGAACCAGAAACAGGGAAACAAAGGUGAUUCUUGUGUGCAGUGCAAGCAGCAAGCUUGCCCAAGUCUCAGAGCCCAGUACUUGUGUGUACUCGCUAACCUUUGAGACCCCCCUUGUUUGCCAUCCACAUUCUCUUUUAGUGUAUCCAACACUAAGUGAGAAGCUGCAAAAGGAAUGGGAUGAAGCUGAGCAGGCUCGCUAUGAAGGUCUUAUUACGGAGCAGGGAUACAACAAUCUUUUGAGGGAUAUUUUUGAGGAUGCUGGUCUCCUGAAGAGUCAAAAAGAGAAGAUAAAGAUAAAGCUGCCAGAAGUUGCAGCUGAUUCAGAAACACACAACUCUUUACAGAAAUGUACAGCGGAUUUCCAAAAACAGAGAGAAGAGAUUGAGAGACUGCGUGCUCUCCUCACUCAACACAAUAUUCCUUUUGAUUCAAAGCAAAAUGAAGCAAAAGGCACGGUGACUGUGACAGUUAAGGAUAAACACCUAAGGGGAGACAAUGGCCUUAUUGAUCUGCAGUGAAAAUCUCCCAGAGCAAGUCACCAUUUCAAAGCACCUGACUGGAUCAGAAGAUUUUGUUGGUCAAUGUGAGCGACACAGACAGUAUUACUAAAGAUUAAUUUAAAUAAGUGACACUGAGAAACUCAUUUGUGGAUUACAAACUUGUCAAACUUUUGCAGAAACUUUUUUUUUGUUUUGUUACGACACUCAGCUAGUUCUCUCCAGGACUUUCGGCAGAAAGGAUAAUCUUGUAAAUGACUCAUUCUGUAAACACACAACAUACUGAAAAAUAAAAAUGGUUUUGAGAGGGGAUAAAA